AUGAAAUUUGUUGCUCUCGUGUCCGGUGGAAAGGACUCGUGCUUUAGCAUUCUACAAUGCAUAGCAAACAACCACGAGCUGGUUGCUUUGGCCAACUUACAUCCACCUCAGCAAGAGACUCAUGAGAUGGACUCCUACAUGUACCAGACAGUUGGUCACAACGUGGUAGCACAAUACUCCGAUUUAUUGGGCGUUCCACUCUACAGGAAAGCCAUUAAAGGUAGUGCUGUUACACAGAAGCUGGACUAUGCACCCGUCAACAAUGACGAAACAGAAGACCUAUACGAACUCUUGACAACCGUCUUGGAAGACCAUCCCAUGGUGAAGGCAGUGUCUGUAGGUGCCAUUCUGUCUUCUUACCAAAGAACAAGAGUUGAGAAUGUCUGCCAGAGACUCGGCCUAAUAUCCCUAUCUUACUUAUGGCAGCGAGACCAGGUGGAACUCCUUGAUGAAAUUGUCAAGAGUAAACUGGAUGCCAGGAUAAUCAAGGUGGCGGGGAUGGGCUUGAAACCCCAGACCCACAUUGGUAAAAGUUUGGCUGACAUUCAACAAGAGCUUUUGCUUCUUCACGAGAGGUUUGGAUUGCAUCCAUGCGGAGAAGGCGGCGAGUAUGAAACGCUUGUGCUAGGCGGACCUUCAUCUCUAUUCAAAAAGAAGUUGACGAUCGAGAAACUGCAUAUCGAAGAGGACAAAGCCGAUGUCGCUUAUGCAAAAAUGCAGGUGAUGGUUGAAGACCAGGAAAAACUCGAGGGAGAGAUUGUUAUUCCUGAGCUGCUUGAUGAAGAGUUUGAAAACCUCAAAAAAAUGUUGGAUGGGGGAAAAAACUUCGAACCCAUAAACGCAGAGCAGACGGAAACAUACGAGGUCUCAUUAACCGCUUCUUCAAAUUCAGAAAUUAUCAUUCUAGCAGGCAUUUCUGGAGAGAUCGGUGAGAUCAUGGAGAAGGUAUGCGACCACCUGCGCACAAUGGGGCUAUCACUGGAGAACAUCACCUCAAGUUCUCUUAUUCUCAACGAUAUGAGCGACUUUGCUGAGGUAAACGAAAUAUACUCUUCUUACUUUACGGCUCCACUUCCGCCCGCGCGUGUUUGCAUCUCUGCUAGAUUGCGUGAAGGAAUAAGGUGCCAGCUAUCGGUAUCUGCAACACGUGACUUGGGCUCCAAAACCGGUCUUCAUGUCCAAUCUCGUUCAUACUGGGCGCCGGCUAACAUUGGACCCUAUUCCCAGACGAUUUCCUCUGGCGAGGUCACAUACCUGUCUGGACAAAUCCCUCUAAUCCCUGCCUCCAUGAGCUUGGUUGAAGAGCCAGGCCUGGCAGCUGUACUAUCUCUGCAACACCUGACCCGCGUGGCUCGAGAGGUCAAAAGUGAUUUUGCGGCGGUGGUGGGCUUCACCAGCUCCCCUGCCCUUAUUCCGAUUGCAGAAGAAACUUUCACAUCUUACUCACCUGGAACCCCUUUAAUCCUUGCAAGUGUAAAAGCUCUUCCUCGAAACGCCCUUAUUGAAUGGGCGGCCUUGGCAUACAAGAACUCUUAUUACUUGGGCCAACGUGAAAACAUCAAGUUAGUGUCUGUCUCCGGUUGCACAUCCAUCUCGUCCGUGCUGCAGUCGAUUUCACCUGACGAUGUCAUCAGUGUGACAUUAUAUGCAACCAACACCAGUCUAACAAACGACAUCAAUACCGCGCUGGAGGUGAUUCAAUGCAACACUGUCAGUUGCCUUGGUAGCACAUGCGAUGCAGCUGUUGUCCGCUACCGUCAGGAUGUAGAUAUAGACUCGGAAUAA